CUUUCUAUAUUCUGGUCAUCACCAGCAAAGCAAAACCUGCAAACCCACACAAAACCCUAGUUUCUGUUCUGUCAAUAGAUAUAAAUACCUGCCAAAUCUUUCAUUGAUUCUCAAACAACAACUCUCUCUCUCUCUCUCUCUCUCUCUCUCUCUCUCUGCAGGCCACAGAUCGUCCCUCAUACGCUCAACAGUGUCUCAAGCGAUUGACCAUCCUCUUCACUCUCUGCAUUACAUCUUUCUCGAUUUCUUUUGGUUUUUUUUUUUUAAUCUAACAAAUUGCCUUCUAGUCUUGGUUCUCUACUGUUUUUGCAGGGUUUUGUCUUUUGUUUUUUCUUCUCUCAUAUUAUGGAUGCAGGAUCCUCAAACUCUUCUGCAGUGAAGACACGAACCCGAUGCCCCCUUCAAGAUCAGCUUCUACAAAGGAAAAAUUCUCGAGACAAUUUGGAUAGAUUUAUACCGAACCGCUCGGCGAUGGAUUUUGACUAUGCACAUUACAUGCUGACUGAAGGGAGGAAAGGCAAGGAGAAUCCAGCUGUGAGCUCUCCAUCCAGGGAAGCAUACCGUAAGCAACUUGCGGAAACCUUCAACAUGAAUCGGACCCGGAUACUGGCCUUCAAGAACAAGCCCCCCACCCCAGUCGAGGCCAUACCACAUGAUUUCUCAGGCGUUCAACAGUCCAAACCCACAAAGGCCCGUCGGUACAUUCCACAGACUUCCGAAAGAACGCUAGAUGCUCCUGACCUAUUGGACGAUUACUACUUGAACUUAUUAGAUUGGGGUAGUAGCAAUGUUCUUGCAAUUGCUCUCGGAAGCACAGUAUACCUAUGGGAUGCUACUGAUGGUGCCACCUCAGAACUCGUCACUGUUGAUGAUGAAAAUGGACCUGUGACCAGCGUCAAAUGGGCUCCUGAUGGAAAACAUAUCGCUAUUGGUUUGAACAACUCUGAUGUACAGCUUUGGGAUUCUACAUCCAAUAAACAGCUAAGAAACUUGAGAGGCUGCCACCAGUCACGAGUGGGUUCCAUGGACUGGAACAAUCACAUUUUGACGACUGGAGGAAUGGACGGUCAGAUUGUCAACAACGAUGUGAGAAUACGAUCUCAUAUUGUCGAGACCUACAGAGGACACCACCAAGAAGUCUGUGGACUAAAAUGGUCGGCCUCUGGUCAGCAGUUAGCGAGCGGGGGAAAUGAUAACCUCCUCCACAUAUGGGACCGGUCCACUGCUUCUUCUAAUUCACCAACCCAGUGGCUACACCGGCUAGAAGACCACACGGCUGCUGUAAAAGCUCUAGCUUGGUGUCCUUUCCAAGGCAACUUGUUGGCAUCUGGCGGGGGUGGAGGUGACCGGUGCAUAAAGUUUUGGAAUACCCACACUGGCGCAUGCUUGAACUCAGUCGACACUGGAUCGCAGGUCUGUUCUCUGCUUUGGAACAAGAACGAGCGUGAAUUGCUUAGCUCUCAUGGAUUUACUCAGAACCAGCUCACUCUUUGGAAGUACCCAUCUAUGGUGAAAACAGCAGAGCUUACUGGGCACACAUCCAGAGUUCUUUUCAUGGCUCAGAGCCCAGAUGGAUGUACAGUAGCAUCUGCUGCAGGGGAUGAAACUCUGAGGUUUUGGAAUGUUUUCGGGACUCCUGAAGUGGCAAAACCUGCACCAAAGGCAAAUCCAGAGCCGUUUGCUCACUUGAACCGCAUUCGUUGAGUGGGACAGAAAACGGUGGUGUUGGGAUGUGUCAAAGAAACCCUGUAGAUAGACAAUUCUUCUCCAAAGGCUGGGACAGUUGGGUUGAGUUUUGGUGAAAGAGAAAACAAAUAUACUUUUAGGUUCAUGUAAAUCAAACUUGUUGUCCAUGUUUUCUGUGUUUGCUCAGGCAGUGACUAAGUUGUUUUGUAAUUUCUUCUCUGAUUUGCAUUUUCUUCUCUGAGGUUAGGUGACUGUGGCUUGUUUGGUUCUCAGGAGUGAGAAAAAGGAAGGGGGGGAGAUGAAAUUAAGAAGCAGAAUGCAGAUAAUGAGAGUUAAAUUGUUGAGAGAACAAUGUAGCUAGAAGAGAGAAAAGGGACAAGGACCUGUAUUUAGGCAUUUCCUGUACACUAAUGUCACUUUAAUGUAGUAGCAGUCACUCAUCGUGACAAACCAGUAAUUUUUUUUAUUUUGUGCUUUGACUACAAUUCUAUGCUCUGUGUUUU